AUGCCGCAUCAAAUGUUGGUAGGAAUAAUAUACAUCACUUCCCUAAUGGCACGGGUUGGGGUCUUCACUUCCCUUUUGGACACUGAAAAGUGGGCUGACAAAGAAGAAAUGGUAUACUCCAUGGUUAAACAUUGGAAUGUAAGUAGCAGUGUAGUUCCAUAUCUGAAAGAGUACAUCGAAGAUUACGAAAGCAGUACAGCAGCAGCCCGAGGAAAAUACAAAGUUUUUGAUCAUCUACUACUCACAUAUCGAAUGUUUUACCGAUGGCAACACUACAUGCCCACGGUUCUGAAGGAAAUCACAAAUCACGAUAAACUCACUUUUCCAGACGAAUUUGAAAUUUCGACAACCGCAACCACCACUGUUUCAGCUAGUAUUCUAACUUUGCAAUUUUUCUACAAUCUCCCCACAAAAGAGCUUAUUGAUGGGACUUUCCGGUCGGUCACGACAGGCAUCGGUUUAACCAACCAACAGCCAUUGCAAUUAGCAAAGGAAGGACUUGAGAUGGAAUACUAUGUCCAAGUAUGGGACUGGGUAAAUGUUCUCCUAGCCCGAGGGCGGGGAAACAAUGAUACUGUUUUGAUAAAACAAGCUGAGGACCUUGAGCGGCAUCUUAUUGCUAAACAUGACGAGAUUUACAUUCGAGACCGCCAACUAGGCUUCCGUAAAUAUGUUUUUGUCGAUGCCCUCUCCAAUUAUACAGGGGUUCCUGAACCCCUGUUUCAGUUCCAAAUGGACGAAUUUCUAGAUAUUUGGGAAGGAAGCAAACUCCCAGCGGAACGGAAUUUUAAGCAUAUUGCUAUUUGCUCUGAUUCCGAUGCGGUUAAGGUGAAUCCUCCCCCACUUAGUAAUCUCAGAUGUUGGACUGAUCAUGGAGGUCAUCCAUUCUAUGUCUUAGCCCCUCGAAAGGUCGAGAAGCUUUGGGACUCUCCAGACGUGUAUCAGUUUUACGACGUUCUCAAUCUUCAAUGGAUAGAAAAGGUUAAAAUAUUAGCAGCACCUGUUCCUGAAAUUGGAGAAAGCGCCAUGGAUUUUACAUCAAUACGUGAAGAAGAAUUCCCACCAAUUGGGCACACCGGGCUAACCAAUAAGUUGGAAUCCAUGCUUGGGAUACAUCUCGGAGGUUACUAUCGUGUCUCAGUAUACCAUCAAGCAGGGGAAGGUAAAGUGCACCACGACUCCUUCCGAGUGCCUAAUCAGAUCAAUGAAGUGAAAAUGUUUACCAAACGAUUAGCCAGCAUAAUAAUUUACAUUAGCGACCCAGAACUUGGCGGGGAGACUGUGUUUCCAGAAAUUCCUUUGAAGGUUAAAGCAGUCAGUGGGUCAUUAAUAUACUGGAGAAACUACUUAACUGAAGAUCGUCUAAGCUGGGAUGUUUGGCAUGCUCCUUGCCCCACAAUUUUAGGAAAUCGGUGGUUCAUUGCAUACUUUGUUGAUAUGGAAAGAAACCUUCCGUUAAAAGCGGCAUAUACGACGUCCAAUGUGGCUAAUAUAUGCACCGACUAG